CCAUCGCAUCCAUUCGAUACGAAAACGACUCGCUCAACGCAUCCGCAAGCGGAUAGAUGGCUAAUACGAAUUCGCUUGAAACAGCCACAAAGUACACACACACACACACACACACUGCCACUGUCCAUAUGCAGAUGCCGUAGAUACCAGAUACAAGACCCAAGUGCUGCCGCAGAUACGGAGAUAAACGUGCGAGUGUAGAGCCGCUCUGCAAAAUAGCAACAGCAGCAAGCAGCAAGCAGUUCCAGCUACAGCUACAGCUACAGCUACAGCAACGAUCCCGAUCCCGAUCCGGCCGAAACUCCUACCGUAUUUCGCAUAAUUGGCCAAAAGUCACUUGCCGACCGCUUGCCGCUUUGUAGUUUGCCGCCAGACGGAGCGACGCCACGGAGCCAGAGCUCAGUGGAUAGGGAAGAGACAGCAGAAGGCUUACAGCAUGCUGGUGCCGCCGGAUAUGUUGGCCGCCCAGACGCGCAUGAUCUACCAGCUGAAUCGCUACUGUGCCGAGCGUGUCCAGGGUCGCAUGUUCAAGACAUCGGCAGCCAUACGGGAGAUCUGCAAGAUUAUCCAGGACAUACUCAAGGAGGUGGAGCUGCAGGAGCCGCGCUUCAUCUCGAGCCUCGUCGAGUGCAAUGGCAGGUUCGAGGGCGUUGAGGUCAUCUCUCCGAAUGAGUUCGAGAUUGUGCUGUACCUCAACCAGAUGGGCGUCUUCAACUUCGUGGACGACGGCACCCUGCCCGGCUGUGCGGUCCUCAAGCUGAGCGACGGCCGCAAGCGCUCCAUGUCCCUGUGGGUGGAGUUCAUCACGGCCUCGGGGUAUCUGUCGUCGCGGAAGAUCCGCUCCCGCUUCCAGACGCUGGUGGCGCAGGCGUGCGAGAAGAGCAUGUACCGCGACAUGGUGAAGGUCAUGGGCGACAGCAGCGAGGUGAAGCUGCGCAUCCGGGAGCGCUAUGUGGUGCAGAUCACGCCGGCGUUCAAGUGCUCCGGCAUCUGGCCGCGGUCGGCGGCCCACUGGCCCAUGCCGCACAUCCCCUGGCCGCACCCGAACAUCGUGGCCGAGGUCAAGACGGAGGGCUUCGAUCUGCUCUCGAAGGACAGCGCCGCCAUGCAGAACAAGAACAACAAUGCGGCCAGCAUGGAGGGCGAUGCCUGGGUGCUGAGCUUCCACGAGGCCGAGAAUCGUCUGCUGCAGGGUGGCUGCCGCCGUCGCUGCCUGAGCAUACUGAAGACGCUGCGUGACCGGCACUUGGAGCUGCCCGGCAACCCGAUCAGCGCCUAUCACCUCAAGAAUCUGCUGCUGUACGAGUGCGAGAAGCAUCCGCGGGACUACGAGUGGGACGAGAGCUGCAUCGCGGAUCGCAUCAAUGGCAUCUUCCUGCAGCUGAUCUCCUGCCUGCAGUACCGUCGCUGUCCCCACUACUUCCUGCCCAGCCUGGACAUGUUCAGGGGCAAGUCGCCCAGCGCCCUCGAGCAGGCGGCCAAGCAGGUCUGGCGCUUGACCAGAGAGAUGCUGGCCAAUGCGAAUGCCUUCGAGAAGUUGUAAAUGUUUCCUCGAGUGUGUGCGAGUGUGUGGGAGGGAGGGUACUCGAUAAAGGUGCUAAAUUUUCAUUGUCGCUGCGAUUGUUGAGUGCUGCCAGAUGAUCUGAGAUAAGACCCAGUGGAGAGAGAGAGAGUCGCUGCCUCCAUGCCUCCAUGCCAUUCGCGUCUGCCAUUUUGUAUCUGUAUCUCUGUGUCUCUGUGUCUCUGUGUUUGUGUGCGUCAAAGGCAAAGUGUUAAUGCAAAGAUGCGAGAUAAGUCCACUCCCCAUUCGACUCCUGCCCCUGGCAGCGGCUUAGCCCUGCGAAUAUUGUUUUUAAUAACUCGGAACAUCCUUUGUUGCCGUCUGUCUGCCUGCCUGCGAACAAUGAGCUCUGGGCUGGCAAAAGGAACAUUUGGCCAGGCGGCGGCUCCUUUUACAGCAGCAGCAGUGUAGGGCAGCACUCAACGAUUGCUUCUGCCGAUCCUAGAUCAAAGAGAAAAGUAGAGAGAGUUCAACUUAAAAUUGUUUUCCUUUUGCUCCAUUCGUACUGUCUCCAUAAACAAUAGCAUAACACUUGUAGGGAUUAUCCGCAGUUUAAUAUGCACAAAUACUCGUAAAUAAUUGUGAGAAAUAAUGCUUGAAUAAAUUCAAGAAUAGCCAAAGGCCAGUUACACGAA